UUGUCCCCAAAGCUUGUUGGGUUCAGCACGACUCACGAUGCGUAGAGGGCAGCGUGCGGCGGGGGCUCCAGUGCGCCAGUUCACCAACUGCCGCAUCCUGCGCGGCGGCACGCUGCUCAGGGAGGAUCUAUGGGUGCGCGGGGGCCGCAUCCUGGACCCAGAGAAGCUGUUUUUUGAGGAGAGGCGCAUGGCUGAUGAGCAGCGGGACUGCGGAGGCUGCAUCCUGGCGCCGGGCUUUAUCGAUGUGCAGAUGAACGGUGGAUUUGGUGUUGACUUCUCCAAGGCCACGAAGGACGUGGGUUCUGGGAUUGCCCUAGUGGCCCAGAGGAUCCUGGCCCACGGUGUCACCUCCUUCUGUCCCACCCUGGUCACUUCCCCACCAGAGAUUUAUCACAAGGAUCCAUUAUGGGAUCAGGAAGUGUGUGAUUGCCUGUGGUUCUCUUUCUGGGUCCUUCCUCAGAUCCCUGUGAAGAGUGGAGGUCCCCAUGGGGCGGGGGUCCUUGGGGUGCACUUGGAGGGCCCGUUCAUCAGCAGGGAGAAGCGGGGUGCACACCCUGAGGCUUACCUCCGCUCCUUUGAAGACAAUGCUUUUCAUGAUGUGCUGGCCACAUAUGGGGCCCUGGACAACGUCCGAAUUGUGACACUUGCCCCUGAGUUAAACCGGAGCCAUGAAGUGAUCCAGGCGUUGACAGCCCAAGGCAUCUGUGUGUCUCUAGGGCAUUCAGUGGCUGACCUGGGGACUGCAGAAGUAGCAGUGCAAAAUGGGGCCACCUUCAUCACCCACCUCUUCAAUGCCAUGUUGCCUUUCCACCACCGUGACCCAGGCAUAGUAGGGCUUCUCACCAGUGACCAGCUGCCCCCAGGCCACUGCAUCUUCUAUGGGAUGAUUGCUGAUGGCAUACACACUAACCCUGCAGCUCUACGAAUUGCUCACCGGGCCCAUCCCCAGGGGCUGGUGCUGGUCACUGAUGCUGUCCCUGCUCUGGGCUUGGGCAAUGGCCGCCAUACUCUGGGACAGCAGGAGGUGGAGGUGAAUGGGCUAAUAGCCUGCAUUGCAGGCACCAAGACACUGUGUGGCAGCAUAGCCCCCAUGGAUGUCUGCAUCCGGCAUUUCCUGCAAGCCACAGGCUGUAGUGUGGAGUCGGCUCUGGAAGCUGCAUCCCUCCACCCUGCCCAGUUGCUAGGGCUCGAGAAGACCAAGGGGAGCCUGGACUUUGGUGCUGAUGCAGACUUUGUGGUGCUCGAUGACACCCUCCAUGUCCAGGCCACUUACAUCUCGGGUGAACUGGUGUGGAAGGCAGAGGAAGCUGGGCCGUGACUUGAGGAUCUUGGCUGGAGAGGACACUUGGCUCCAGCUGGACACUGACAGGCCAGGCAGUCCAGGGAGCUGGUCUCCAAGGGGCAAGCUGGAAGUCUUGUCCAAGGUCUCAUAUGGAUCCUCAUCACUGCACUGAAGAGGCAUAAAUACAGACACCAGGACUUGC